CAUACGAUUGUUUGUGAUCUCGCGAGGCAUGUAGGUUGCGGUGAAGAUCGAAAAGCAAAUAUCACUUCGGCCGCUGCAUUGCUGUCAAACCACAGACCUUCCAGUUAACCUGCAAUUGAAUUCACUUUCUGCUUUUGUUGAAGGCAGGUCACCAAUCAUAUUCAGAGCGCUGAAAUUCUGCAGCUAUGACCAGGAGUCGGAUAGAGCUGGGUGAUGUGACGCAGCACAACAUCAAGCAGCUGAAGCGACUCAACCAGGUGGUCUUUCCCGUCUCCUACAAUGAGAAGUUCUACAAGGACGUUCUCCAUUCGGGCGAGCUUGCUAAGCUCGCGUACUUCAACGACAUCAUGGUGGGCGCCGUCUGCUGUCGCGUCGACGUCAUCGACGGCAAGCGCAAACUGUACAUCAUGACACUCGGCUGCCUUGCGCCAUACCGCAACCUUGGCAUCGGCACCAAGAUGCUGGAGCAUGUGAUGAAGUGUGUCGAGCAGGACGGCAACCUGGACAGCAUUUUUCUACACGUUCAAAUCAACAACGAAAGUGCCAUAAACUUUUACAAGAAAUUCGGCUUCGAGAUCGUGUCGACAGAAGAGCACUACUACAAGCGGAUAGAGCCGGCCAACGCGCACGUUCUGGCCAAAACGCUGACUGGCAAGCGGCCAGCCGACGCCGCCAAAUGAUGGCCGCAUUCGCAGUUCCCAAAGCCGUCUGCCCUGUUCCUGCAGCGUACGAGAUUGAAACCCACCAGGUGACGCUGGCCGCGUGCGUGGUCGAGAGUCGCUGCUCAGUUCCAGGUGGGGUCCUGUGUCGGGACCCACCGACAGGCGCUGGGCCCGGUCGUGGCUGGCUGCCGUGACUCAGGUGUGGUCGCCGGAUGGAGGCGACUCGGUAGCGGACGCUGGUGCGUUAUGGACAGCUACUGCCGUGAUGACCGGACGCGGCGACUCAGUUCUGUUCGCGUGCGUGGUUUCGGCAAGUUUGGAGCGGGUAUGAGUUGUGCAGCGGUCCCGCCUUUCGGACGGUUUCUAGCGUUCAGGUGGUUUCGCAGACCUGGGGCAGUGAUAAGGCGACCGAGCCUCUCAGCGUGUUGUCAAGCCCGGCUCGUUGGGGUGGGUGUUUGUGGCCCGCAGAUGGCUGCGGCGCUGUUUGAUGGCCACCUGGGAUAUCCACUCCCCCUGCCACGGACGGGCGUGAUUGUGCCCACCUCUUGUGUGCGUCGGAUGGCGAACGCAACGCGAAUGCACAACGCAACGCGACGCGCGGAAAACACGAGCUGUCGUAUGAGCGGCUAAAUAUAAAGAGUUUGUUCGUCAAGGCUUGCGAAUACAGAAUUGAAUUCAGA